ACGUUGCGCUUUGUGUAACACUUAAAUAAGAACCACUGUGGGAACUUUACAUUCAAUCCGACUCUAACAGCGCCUAAAACUAAGGAGGAAUCUGCAGCUUUUGUGACUCUUCUUCUUCUACUUCCAAGUGCCACGUAUACUUGCUGGAGUCAUUGUUAUUAUCUAUAAACCCUAAGACCUACUUCCCAUUGCAUUGCAUUUACAACAAUGACGGACUUUGAAAAGGCCAUCAACGAUGCUGUUGCUGCGGAGGAAAUUCCUGGUUGCGCUCUAUCAGCAACGAACUGCGAAGGAACAUUCACAUACUCCAAAGCCUUCGGCAGGGUCUCCAUGAAACCCGAAAACAACAAGCCCAUGCAACUCAACACAAUCAUGUGGAUAGCAUCCUGCACCAAACUCAUGACCUCCAUUAGCGUCCUGCAACUCGUAGAACGCGGUCUCGUCUCCCUCGACGACCCCGUCUACAAGCAUAUCCCGGAGCUAGAAUCCCGCACGGUAAUCAAGGGCUUCACCGACGCCGGCGCGCCCAUUGAAGAAAAACACACAAAACCAAUCACCCUGCGCCACCUCCUCAGCCACUCCAGCGGCCUCGCAUACGAAUUCAUCCACCCCGUCAACCAAGCCUGGCUCAAGUACCACAAUCGCGCUCCUGGAAGCAGUGGGAACCUCGUUGAACGCUUUUCCUACCCGCUCGUCUUCGAGCCUGGCGAGAGCUGGGCGUACGGGCCCGGCAUCGACUUUGCGGGGCUCCUCAUCGAGCGCAUAACCGGACAGACGCUCGAGGCAUACAUGAAGGCGAAUCUCUGGACCCAGCUCGGCAUCAAAGAUAUGUCGUUUUCCCUCGCCUCCCGCCCAGAUCUCGCAGCGCGCAUGGCGGAUAUGUCAGCCCGAGACCCCACGUCGGGCAAGACUGUGGUUUUCUCGGAGCCGCUACCGUAUUUGGAUGGGGAGGGCAAGGAGGUUACGAGUCAUAUGGGGGGUCAGGGUGCUUUUGCCUCCGUAGAGGAGUACGUGAAGGUUUUGAAGGCGCUGCUCGAAGCCGAUAAGGGGGGUGAGGGUAAGAUUUUGAAGAAGGAGUCUGUGGAUGAGUUAUUCAAGGCGCAGUUGGGUGACAAGAGUCGGGAGAUGCUUAUGGGGGUUUUGGAGGAUAAGGCGGCAAGCAAUGCUAUGGACGGCCUACCAAUUGGCGUACCCAAGGACCAUGCGCUUGGUGGCGUUAUUUUGACGGGUGAUGGUCCUGAUGGCAAGAAAGCCGGGACCAUGGUUUGGGGCGGGUACCCGAAUCUCAUCUGGUGGGUUGAUCGCAAAACGGGGCUUUGUGGUAUCUAUGGUGGUCAAGUUGUUCCGCCAGGAGAUGCAAAGGUUUGUGGGUUGCAGCGCAUGUUUGAAGCGGCCAUGUAUGAGAGGUUGGCAAAGGAGAAGGCGUAAGACUUUACUUGCGCGGCUAUCGCAUUGUUAAAUAGAAAUCUUUCGUUGCUAUGUUUAAUUGAAGAAAACAUCGCAGCAAUGUCGAGGCUUCGAGCCUUACACUACAAUCGCUU